AUGUUUCGAAUAUAUAAAUACGAUGUUUUAGAGACGUCUUCCAAAGAUCAGAAGUCGUCUACAUCUUUGUUGAAUAGUGCACAAAGCAGCACGAAAAGUCGAACUUCUUCACCCACCACAGGAUCUUUCACGAAUGACAUAGAAAAGCCAAAGAACGCCUGGUAUACUCUUGAGUUUUUUUCCUAUUAUGUUUUUAUUGGGUCAAUUACUAUCAUGGGCUUUUAUAGACUUUUUAUGAUUAGCGUUGAGAAGCACCCAAAUUAUGCUAAUAUAAAAAAACACUUGAAGCCAGGGUGGAUAUUUGGCAAGCCUGUCGACAUAUCUGACCAUCAAUACGCUAGUUUUCGAGAGAAUAUUCCUAUUCUGCUUGGAGUGAUUGCUGGUUAUUUUUUUCUUUGGAAUGCCGUUCAGCUGGUUUUUUUUCAUAAAGUCCAGAACAAGUUGGCGUUAAAAAACACGUUUCGUUUAUGGUUCUCAGUGAUAUUUUCCUUUAUUGUCUAUGGCUCCGGAAUGAUCUAUGUCUUUUCAAUAAUUUUUAUUUACUAUCUAUUUGCGAAAGUUUUUCGAGAUCACCGUCUAAAUCCUCUUCUGUCUUGGGGUUUUGGUAUUUUCUUGCUUCUUUCCAAAGAGCAUUUCGGUCACUACAAAUUUGGCAAUCUCCACCCUCUUUUGUCGUUUUUGGAUGAUCACACCGGCAUUUUAGAAAGGUGGUAUGUGCUGUUCAACAUUACCAUUCUACGUUUAAUCUCGUAUAAUCUUGAUUACUACUGGUCGAUAAAAUACUCGUUUAAAAUACUUUCUACAACUGUAGUCGAGAAGGAACGAAUUCCUGGUGAUGCGUCCUAUUCUGAUCGCAUCCGGCUAAAUUGCAAUCCGGAAGAUUACAACGUUAAGAACUUUCUAACUUAUGUGUUAUAUGCUCCGUUAUAUUUGGCAGGCCCAAUCAUAACAUUCAAUAAUUUUAUGUCUCAGACGAAAUAUCCGAUUAAGUCACCAUUGAAAUACAGGAACGUUCUUUACGGUAUUCGCUUCUUUGUAUGUGUUUUCAUAAUGGAACUUGUGCUUCAUUUUUGUUAUGGUAGCGCUAUUACCAAGGAAAAAAGUUUGCAAGCUUAUUCUACUUUAGAAAUCACAUUGAUCAGCUUUAUCGUACUGUUCGUGACUUGGCUGAAACUUCUCAUUCCCUGGAGAUUGUUUCGUUGGUGGUCAUUAAUGGAUAACAUUGAACCUCCUGAAAACAUUAUUCGCUGUAUGUGUAACAACUAUUCUGUAGUUGGAUUUUGGAGAGCUUGGCAUCGUAGCUACAACAAAUGGCUGCUCCGUUACUUGUAUAUCCCUAUAGGAGGAAACAGGUAUCCAAUUUUAAAUUCUUUUAUCAUUUUUACUUUUGUUGCUUUAUGGCACGAUGUUAGUUGGGAGUUGUUUUUCUGGGGAUGGCUUGUUGUACUUUUCAUUUUGCCAGAACGACUAUGUUCCUAUGCCUCGCACAGAUUUGGCUGGAUACAUCUUCCUCAUUACAGGAUAAUUGCUGGCUUUGGCGCUGCCCUAAAUGUUUACUUUAUGAUUAUCUGCAAUUUGGUAGGAUUCGCUAUGGACGUGCAUGGAAUCAAAGAUGUCUUUGCUAGAAUGUUUGGUACAUUCCAAGGGAUUUAUUUCAGCGUUACUAUAAUGCUAUUGUUUUUUGCAUGCGCACAAAUGAUGUUUGAAAUCCGAGUAAACGAAGAAGAGAAUGGAAUUGAUUUACGUUGCUAA